CAAAUACAUAUUUGACGUAUGUAUUUUGAAUGUGUCAUUAUCACCAGCAGGAAAUUUCAAGUCAGAAAAACAAUGAAUCUUCAAAACAUCAUAAGAAAAAAUAUCCCAUAUCAUAACAGAAACUUGUCAGCAGCAGAAUCGUUCCAAAAAUCCAUUCAAGUAUGCAUUCUGGGAUGUCAUACUCCACUUGGGAGGACUACUAGUCUUCUCAUGAAACAGAACCCUAUCAUUUCGAAUUUACGAAUGCAAGGUGAACAGAUUGUUCAUAAUAUCGCUGCUGAUUUGAGUCAUAUAGACACCAAAUGCACUGUACAACCUUUUGAAGGAAACUCUGAAGUUUCAAGAGCAGUAAGAAGCGCAGAUAUUAUUUUAUUUCUUCCAAAUGAUAAACUGAGAGAAGACACACCCUUGGUGGACAGAGUUCUAACAGAAGGAAGAAGAAUCUAUGAGUUCACUAAAGAAUGUACAAUUCACGCACCAAGAUCAGUCAUUGUAGUAGCAAUAUCACCGGUGUCUGUUUCAACACCAUUAGUAGCUCAUGCUUUCAAACAAUCGCACUGGUAUCAUCCUGGAAGAAUCAUUGGAUCAGCAGCAAUAGCACAGGUUAAGGUCAAUUCCCUAGUGGGAAGAUAUCAAGACUUGAAUCCCUUCAUUUGCCAAGUCCCCAUCAUAGGAGGCCCUGAUAUAGACCUCGCGGUACCCCUUUUCAGCAGAGCGAAACCUGUGGAGAUUACUGACAAAGCUGCAGAGAAACUGAUGGCAAAUUUCAGAGGUGUUAAAGAAGAUGAUUUUCCGAAGAUAAGUAGUAGAAAAGAUUUCACGGAAAACUGUACUUUGAGUGAAGCGUUCGCACUGAAUAAUAUGAUAACCACUAUAGGAUUAGGAAUAUGCGGAGAGCAGCAAGCCCACUAUAAUGCUUUUGUGAGGUCGAAUACGAUAUCCACUUGUCAGCAUCUGCUAACGACAGUCCAGUUUUCUCGGGGUGGAGUUGUUCAUAAUCAUGGCGUGCCACAGCUGACGAAACUCGAACUGAAGAUGUUCGAGAAAGCCGUUUUAGAAAUAAAGGAGCGCGAGGAAAUGGCGAAGGAGAUGAUAGAUUUCAUCGAGGGCAAGUAUGACGUUCCCCCAUUCAAAUCGAAAGAUAUGGAGAAGAAGAAAAUUUUACAGCAAACUGUCAUUCGCGCUUGAAGUUUGUGAGAGAUCGGAAUACCAUUCUGAAAAAUGUAUAUACUUAUAACUAUGAAAAUAAAAUAUGGAAUAAUGAUAA